AAUUAUUAAUUUGGUUGGAAGUAUUAAUUUGCAGAGAAUUAAAAAAUUGAAUUCGCGCCACGUAUACGAAACGGGCAACUUCCGUACCUUAUAUAUUCUCUUUGACCAUUCUCUUGAUUUUGUUUACUCCAGAGCGCUACAGAGGUCUUCUUUUUCCGGUUGGACACAGUGGCAGGCAGCGAACAUGGCGCGUGGACCUAAGAAGCAUUUGAAGCGUUUAAAUGCUCCUAAAGCAUGGAUGUUGGACAAACUUGGAGGAGUCUUCGCUCCUCGUCCCAGUACUGGCCCCCACAAAUUGCGAGAAUGUUUACCUUUGGUGAUUUUUCUUCGCAAUCGGCUCAAGUAUGCCUUAACAAACUGUGAAGUAACGAAGAUUGUUAUGCAGCGACUUAUCAAAGUUGAUGGCAAAGUGCGAACUGAUCCGAAUUAUCCAGCUGGUUUCAUGGACGUUGUCACUAUUGAGAAAACGGGAGAGUUCUUCAGGCUGGUAUAUGAUGUGAAAGGCCGUUUCACAAUUCACAGAAUAAGUGCAGAAGAAGCCAAGUACAAGCUGUGCAAGGUCAGGAGAGUUCAGACUGGGCCCAAAGGUAUCCCAUUCUUGGUGACCCAUGAUGGCCGUACUAUCCGUUAUCCUGACCCAGUCAUUAAAGUGAAUGACUCAAUCCAACUGGAUAUUGCCACUUGUAAAAUCAUGGACCACAUCAGAUUUGAAUCUGGCAACUUGUGUAUGAUCACUGGUGGUCGUAACUUGGGUCGUGUGGGGACUGUUGUGAGUCGGGAACGUCAUCCUGGCUCAUUUGAUAUUGUUCAUAUCAAGGAUACUCAAGGACAUACUUUUGCCACAAGAUUGAAUAAUGUAUUCAUCAUUGGAAAGGCCACAAAACCUUACAUUUCAUUGCCGAAGGGUAAGGGUGUGAAAUUGAGUAUUGCUGAAGAAAGAGACAAGCGACUAGCUGCAAAAGCUGCAGGCAAUUAAAAUGUAAUAAAAAAGGUGAAUAAACAGGAUGUUAUUGGUAUUUU